AUGGAGACGAAGAAGAGGGCGGCCACCAUUGCCGCCCUGUGCUUGCUCCUCGUCAUGUCAGUGCCGUCCCAACAGCGGAUGGCCGCCAAAUCCUUCUGCGAGUGCUUCCAGCCCUGCCACGACGGAUGCAGCCACAACGCCCCUUGGUGGACCUGCAACGUCGACUGCGUCGAGAAAUGCAAGGACGUCGGCUACAGGGAGGAGAGCCUCGCCGCAUGCUACUGGGUCUGCGGCACCGACUCAGCCUGCGGCCCGUCUGCGGCGCCGACCGAUGCAGAAGGCGUUACGGAUUGUAAAGGUGAGUGCUUCAAGAGGUGGGGCAAUGUUUAA